AUGUAUCUAAACAAGCUAGACUUGAAGGAUUAUCUUAAAAAUUUUGAUAUAAAACCAGAUAAAUUAGGUGAAAAUCUUUAUGAAAAUUAUCAAAAUAAUGAAAGUGAUCAAUAUUCUAUUGAUCCAUUAGCACCAGAUGAAGAAUUUGUUUGUAAAGCAUUUCCUGAUUCACAAUCUGUAUUACAAAAAGAAGAAUGUUUUACAAAAAAUUUAAGAAAAGAAAAUGCAUACUAUGAAUUAAAAAAUAAAGCUGAUUUUACAGCUUCUCUUCUAUUAACAAUAGUGAAAAACUUUCUAUUAAACUGA